AUGGCGCCCCAGGAUGCGCUGGUCGUAAGAGAGCAAGCCGGGCCAGACCAUGCCGUGGUCAAGUAUUCUGCAGAGGACCUCUCACGGCCCAAAGUCGGUCCAGUCAACCCCUUCAAGGAGGAGACUUCGGCUACCGUCAAGCGAAAGAACGUCUUGACGGGCACGGCGGAGGAGACGUUUAUUUCCGAGCACACGUUUCGCAGCAAGCACCGAGCCAUCGAGCGACGCGGCGGCCCCGAGCGCGAGUACCAGACCGUGGCCCAGCGCAAGGAGGCUGCCGCGCAGGUGCGGGCCUCGCGUGAGAGCAAAGGCAGCGCGACGAUUGCUGAAGGUCCCGGCAGCUACGUCGGCCCCUGGGCGCGCUACAAACGGGCCGAGUACGAAGUCGUCGACGAGAACGAGCAGCUGGCGAGCGACGAAGAGUACGAGAUUGUCGAGGAGGAGGAUGAGGAUGUGGUGGAGAGUGGUAUGGUGGUGAAGGCGCCGGAGGCUUCGCUCGCGCGACGUAAAGAGGUGGAGGAGUUGGGCGACGAGACGACGACGUUCAACGGCACACAAGAGCGCGACUACCAAGGACGGACGUACAUGCAUGUGCCGCAGGAUCUGGAUAUUGAUUUGCGCAUGGAAGUUGGCAGCGUCACGAACUACAUCCCCAAGAAGCAGGUGUAUGUUUGGAGGGACCAUAGCGGCGCGGUCACAGCGCUACGCUUCAUGCCCGCGUCGGGCCAUUUGCUGUUAUCGGGCGGCGCGGACACGACGGUGCGCAUCCGCGACAUGUACCACGAUCGGGAGCUUCUGCGGACGUAUUCCGGUCACAGCAAGGCGAUUUCGAGCUUGAGCUUCAACCGCGACGGCACGCAGUUCCUAUCCGCCUCGUACGACCGCAUGAUGAAGCUUUGGGACACGGAGACGGGUGCGUGCGUGAGCAAGUUUACCACGGGCAAGACGCCGCACGUCGUCGAGUUCAACCCGGACCCGGAUCACAGCCACGAGUUCCUCGCGGGCAUGUCGGACAAGAAGAUUAUUCAGUACGACGUGCGGGCGCCGCCGACGGAAAUCGUGCAGGAGUACGACCACCAUCUCGCCGCUAUCAAUACCAUUGUCUUUGUGGACCAGAACCGCCGCUUCAUGACGACGUCGGACGACAAGUCGCUGCGUGCAUGGGACUACAACAUUCCCGUGCCCAUCAAGUAUAUUGCCGAACCCGACAUGUAUCCGAUGACGCGCGCCGCGUUGCACCCCGGCGGCAAGUACGUCGCGUAUCAGAGCUCGGAUAAUCAGAUUCUGGUGUUUGGCGCCACGGACAAGUUUCGGCAGAACCGGAAAAAGAGCUACCGCGGUCAUCACAACGCCGGGCUGGGCAUUGACCUCGCGUGCAGCCCGGAUGGGCAGUUUCUGGCGUCGGGAGACUCUGCUGGGUACGUGUGCUUUUGGGACUGGAAGACGUGCAAGAUGUAUCACAAAAUUCAGGCGAGCAACCAGGCGGUGACGUGCGUCAAGUGGCACCCGCAGGAGACGAGCAAGGUAGUGACGGCGGGUCUGGAUGGGGAAAUUAAGUAUUGGGAUUAA